AUGAUCAGUGUGAAGAACAGUGUCAUGUAGACUCCUAAAGAGUCUCUGGCGGCAUUCUUUCAAAUGUGUACAAGGGGGAAUAACUAGCAACUUUCGCCAUUGCUUGUUGAAUCUUUGAUUUUCCACAUGUCCAGAAGUUAUUUAGAGCAUUCUAUGGAUCGGAUCCUUUGGGAAAAUUCACUAGUAGUGUCAUUUAUUGACUGUUUUUUAAUAACAGCUAUAGAGAAACAGAGAUGCAGGGUGACCCCGUGUACGACUAUCCUGACUCUCAGCCUGUAGGGGAAAAACGGGUAUGUCUACAGCGAGGAUCCCUGAAGAGCAUCAGUGUACUGGACCGGCUCCUGCUUACACACCCUGUGUGGCUUCAGCUGUCCAUCAACUCAGCUACGGCUUUGCAUAUCCUGCGGCGUGAGCCUUCUGGGACCUUCCUGGUGCGAAAGUCCAGCACAUCGCAGAAAAAAAUGCUCUGCGUCCGGCUAGCGGAUGACAGCACGCCAUCCUUCUUUAAACAGUUUUUCAUCAGAGAAGAGGACUCAGCAUUCUCCUUGGAAAGCUCAGCUAUCAGUUUUCCAGACCUGUGUAGACUGGUUGCCUUCUAUUGUGUUAGUCGGGAUGUCCUUCCUUUCACUUUGGAGCUGCCCGAGGCCAUAGCAAAGGCUUCCUCACAUAAACAGUUGGAGUCAAUUUCUCAUAUGGGUGUGGAGUUCUGGAGUUCCCAAUUAAAUGUCCGUGGUCCUCGUAAUGGACCUCCAGACAAUCACUUGCCCCCAGCUUCAAGCCCCCAAGACUGCUCUACACCCAUUGACCCAAACCCUACCCCAUUCCAGGAGCUUUGUCAAAUCCGAACACGGAGACCCUGCGAGUUGAAUUUUGGGGGAGGGAAAGAAUUGUGUUUCAUUAACCCUCUCUUCCUGCAAGAAUAUCCUGGUCGCAGUGCCAUGCACAGACGUCAUAAUUUCAAAUCAAGCAUGAAGGUCCGUGUCUCCACUGAAAAUUCUAGCCCUCUAUCACCACCUGCCGUCCCACCCCCUCCACCACCAUUACUGGCUAAAGCCAAAUGCAAAGCUAGAUUGAAAGCUGCAAAGCUGGCAACCCCACCUGUUGCAGAUCAAGCCAGCGAGGAAGCUAUCAAGAAGACAGAACCUGUGCAAGAAGCCACAGAUUAUAUGCAGCCUUGUGUAGAGUUGUGGAAGAGGCCUUUCACUAUGGUCGCCCCUACCCUUUCUCCCACUGCUGAGGAAGAUGACUAUCAGAUGCCCAAAGCUCUUCUGCAGGGCCAGCCGAAAAUCCUGGAGCAGGAAGGACAGGAGGACGAUGAUGAAGGACUGAUGCUGGAAAAGCGACGUGCUCCGUCCCUCAGUGAGCUGGAUAGCAGCAGUUCCCUUAGUAGCCUUGAUGAGACAGAAGAAAGUCCUGAGCAUCCUCCCCUAAUACGUGGCACCAGCAAUCCUAUCAGUCCAUGUCAGUCACUUCCACGGACGUCCAUCUCAGCCCUGCGCAAGAUGAGCGCCGCCUUCAUGUCCUUUUUCAAACCAGAGAAGCGGGUGAUGCGGCUGGUGGAGGAUCUGUCUCGUGACCGCCGUAUGGCAUUCGGCGCUCUUGUUCAGGAUUUUCUGAGGCAGCAGAGAGAGGUGUUAAAGCCCCAGUGUUUGACCUGUGCUGUACAGCUGCUUCAAGAUUUGCGUCUUUUCAUAAAUCACGCCAAGGCGUUCCUCCAAGAGUGCGGAGAGCUGGAGCCUCCAAUAGAGACUCUUCUUCCUGAAAACGAGAAAGACCAAGCACUGGAGAAGGCCAUGUUCCGCUGUGUGCUAAAGCCUCUGAAGCCACAGAUUGAUGCGGCACUUUGGAAUCUGCACAAGCAAGAUGGUUCCAUCCAGAGAAUGAUGGACAGCCUGCAAAGAGCUAAAGGAGCCUCGGCAAAGGAGCUUUUUGGGGUUCAGGUGUGUGUACCUGAUUCCCAGGGCAUUGAGAAAAUUAGGCACAAACUGACUCUAAUGCAACAGGCCUAUUCACCCAUAGACAAAGUGCUGCUGCUCUUGCAGAUCUGCAAACUCAUAUACAAAGCCAUGAAAAACAAAUCAGGUCAAGAAUUUGGAGCAGAUGACUUCUUGCCUGCUCUCUCCUACGUGAUGGUGUUGUGCAAUAUGCCUGAGAUCUUGCUGGAGGUGGAGUAUAUGAUGGAGCUUUUGGAAACCUCUUGGCUUACAGGGGAAGGCGGUUACUAUCUGACAAGUGUCUAUGCCAGUCUGAAUCUGAUUCAGAGUCAGCCAGAGGGUGUGCUACACAGCGGUCUUACAAACCAAGCUAGAGAGUCUCUGAAGGAAUGGAGCCGGCGUCGAAGCAAUGAAACAACAAAUCAGAAAGACAACAAAUUGCACCAGAGGUUUGUAAAAGUGCUGUUCCAAGAUGGGGACAAUAGCGUGGUGAAAACUCUGCUGUGGAAAACUGGGGUCAACGGUGAGGCUAUGGCUCAGUUCUGUGCUGUGAAGUUUGGGGUGGACCGGCCUGAGGAAUACAGCCUGUACUGCAGAAGGGACGGGGAUUUAACACCUCUACCAUUUAAUGCCCAGAUCCAAGACCUGCAGAGCAUGGGCGCAAGUGGGGUUCCUCUUGUCUACCAGGCGUCCAAUCAGGAUGAAAGUUCCCAGAAGCUGAACAGAGAGGGAGCAGUGGAUCUCACAGAAGAGGCUUCAUAAAAUGUGACUUUCUGUCAUUUAGGUCAAACAGUUGGUGCCAGCAAUUCUGCAUUUCCACUGAAUUUAUUUAAUGCUGACUGUAAGAUGUGUUUAUGUUUCUUGCAUAUCUUUGUUUUAGUACGCAUCUCUGGUAAUUCUGGAUUGUAUUCAGUUCAGUAUUCAGGUGUUUUUUGACCUUCACUGGGCUUGAUUUAUAUGAUACUUCCUUCGGUUAUAUUAUUGUAUUAUAUUGAAUACGUUUUGUAGAAAUUUUACGUGCAAGUUUAGAGCAGGGACUACUUGGUAAUUAAUGGAUUCAUUACUCCAAUAGAGGUCUCAGAACAUGUUUUGCUUUUUGUAAAUACUGCUUAAGGUUAAAAAGAAACUUCACAUUUAAAAGAUACUUGUAUUAUAAUAUCUGUAUCAAAUGCAUUAUGGUGUUUUGAAAACUAAAUGCUGUGGUAUUUUCAAAGUAAAUGACAAUACAACACUUAAAUAAAA